GGAGGGGGAUGACUCUGUUCGCGGCAGUGCCAGUGGCAGCAGCAACACGUAGUAGUAGUCGACGGCAUCGCAACGUCGAGGCACGGGAGUAGCGAGAGGUAUCCGCUGUUUCGUCGCGCUGAUCAUCACUCGCAGUGCACGCAGCCGCAUCACGGACUGAGAGAGCGAGCGGAUCGUCCGUUGUUCGCCGAGAGCGUCCUCGAGAACGUACCCUCCUUCCUAGCGUCGUCUUCGUAGUCACACACGGACCCGACCAGGAAGCGCGUUUAGAAGAGAGCCGAUCGUGCGUGCGUUCGUCGUCGUCGUCAUCCCUGUAGCAGCAGAAUGAAGCUGUGCUGGAGCUUGCUUUUCGCGGCCAUCGCCCUGUCGAUGAUCCUUACGACCGCACGAGCGGAAAGUGAUGGACUGUGGGAAGAGGACGACAAGGAGGUCCUUGUGCGGUCGGUGCGCGGCACUAACGAGCGAACAUCCGGCGGCUCCUCGUCGUGCAGAUACGUGAAGGGUCAAUGGUCGGAAUGCGACCCGAACACCAACACGCGGUCGCGCACCCUGAGCCUCAAGAAGGGCGACAAGUCCUGCGAGCAGACCAAGAUUAUCCAGAAGAAGUGCAAGAAAGCGUGUCGAUACGAGAAAGGAACGUGGAGCGGAUGCGUGAAUCAGAUGAUGACGAGAAUCGAUAAUUUGAAAGCGAACAGCGACGCAACCUGCGAGAAGACGCGACGGCUCACCAAGAGGUGUAAACAGGAGACCAACACCAAAAAGUCCGCCAAAGGCGAGAGGUCGAACAAGAAGUCGGGCAAGCAGUAAUCAUCCGCCAAUCUCCAAUCGUCUCCUCUAAUCGGGCAACGAAAGCGCACUCUCGUCUCCUCGACCCUUAUCUUCUCGAUCCUUUAUCCAGUCGCCAAUUGAUUGCGAGGCAGGGCGCACGAAUUUGGAUGGCGGCGGAACCACCACUGUCGAAGCAGCCGUUUACGCACACGAACACGUACACGCGCACACAGAAUACACAUACAACGCAUACACACAACACACAUACUGCCUGGGAAUCAUGCAUUUCGGCACGCAGCGACCGCACGGACCGUUGCUGCCCGACCGUGUUUUCAGGGUGCGCUGCCGUCGGUUAAUUAUAACGAGUUAAUUACUGUUAAUGAUUCGGGAUGGUGUGCGCGUCUCGGUGAUCAUCGCUUCCGCUUCUUGGCGGAGGUUACUAACCCUACCAGGAUCGCGCUGACGUACCGUUACCGCGCGUCGUAGUCGCGUACCGUAGAUCCGAAAGAGGAAACAAGAGAAAAUCCCAGCUCCAAGAGAGCCUCUUUCCUUCGUCUUAGUCUCGCUCGUCGCAGGAGCUUGUUCUUCUCUAUCUAACCCGUUGACAUAAUUCGCGACAACUUCCCUUGUUGAGAGAAAGAGAGAGAGAGAGAGAGUAGGAGAGAAAGAGAGCGAAGUUAUUGAUCGCGCGGUGGUUUUCUAAAAAUGGCACGUCGGCAAGAUCUCGGGAGGGUUAAGCCGUGCAAUCAGCCGGAGAAUCGAUUGGGAACCGAUAUGUAACACGUUCAUCGUGAUGACGAAAAGUUAGACGUGUCGUCAGCGUCAGGGUGUGUUGGUCGAACGCACAGUGGUGUAGCUUGCGCGAUCGAGAAUAUUUCAACGCGAAUCCUUCACGAUGGAGAAGGGAGAAAGAGAAAGAAAGAGGAAGGCCUUCUUUCUGUCUCUCUCUCUCUCUCUCUCUUUAAUGACGACGCGAAAUCUUCCCGAAUAAAUUCGGAAGUCCAAAGAGAUAACGAGGACUCGAACGUCGACGUCCCGCGUCCCUCUGUCCCCAUAGCAUAUUGUUGCAAAAGUCUGCACCACUGGCUGAUCGAUUGACGAUGUAGAGCGCGCGUGUAGAGAACUCCCCCGAACUCUAGAAAACAGCCGACAAUUUCGGAGGUUCGCAGAGGAAGGUAAGAAGAUCGUCUGCCAAAGCUGUUCUCUCGUCUUCCCGCAGCGAAUAUAUAUUACUAUUUUAUUUUAUUAUUAUAACAUUAUUAAUAUAUUAUUGUAUUAUUCUUGUUCAUUAUAUAUCAAGAAACACAGCGGUGAGACUCCCCUUAGCUGCUGAGAUCCUCUUGAAAAGGGAAAAAAAAGGAAUCAUGUACAAUGUUUGUCAUACAUAAACGGCUUUCAUUCGAUUGUGACAUAAAUAUACAGUGUUCGGUGUUCAAAGUAACUGUGUCCUCAUGUAACGUGCGCGAGAUAUUCCGACAAUUAUUACGCCGUCGCGAAGGUUCGACAAUUCAGAUUGAUAACGAGGAUUUGAGGAUGCGCGUGAAAGCGUUGAAGAACCGGCAUUCCGGCAACGGGAUAUCCGAACGGUCAAUCAAAGAUUUCGAUGAUCAAAAAAACGUACGGAUCAAAAAGGCAAGAGAGAACGAAGUAAGAUCAAAAGAGCCGCAUCAAAAGGUGAACGUUUGCCGAGGUAAUGAGGAUCAGGAUGAGGAAAUAAGAAAGAAAGAGAGAAAGAAAGAAGGGAUUAGGAAGAAGGACGAGAAAAAACGAUGAAAAUAGCAGAAUGUUCGCGCGCGUGCCUAAUAAAUUCUCCCGGAAUCCUCCGCGCCCCUCUCGACAGGACGUCGUCACGUUCCGGUGUUAAUAUUCGCAGUUAACGUUUAUAAUAAUGUACCAAGUGAUAACCGGCAAUACGGAAACUCGCAAGCCAAUGAGCAUGAAAAUCAAACUAAAAUAAACUCACCGUCUCGUCGUCUCGUCGAGCGAUUCGCACUCGCUCGCCUGUGUGCGAGAGACGGAGAAAGAGAGAGAAAAAGAGAGCAAGAGAAUGAGAGAGAGAGAGAGAGAGAGAGAGAGAGAAAGAAAGAGAGAAAAAGAGAGAUCACUGGAUAUCCUUUCGAUGCCACCAAAAAAAAAA